UAAGAACUACUCCCUAGCGCUAACACAGCCUCAGUUAAUAACCGCUCCCCAAUAUUUACACGUCGCCAUGAUACAACUAAGCGUGGUCGAGAAUAUAGGCGAUUAAAUACACAUUCCUGCGGGUCUACGACGACAGGAGAACAAGGUAGAUGUAUGCACAGCAAGUAAAUCAUUUGGCUUUCUGAAGGGAUUAAGGUCUCCAGCAAUUAGACAGACCAUCACAAUGCCAAAUAACCACAAUUGACUGCUGGAUUUGUUAACGUCCGAAUAGUUUGGUAUUUUAAAAGACUACAGCCAUCUACAGACAUUGUAAUUCUUUCAAGAGAAAAAGAAAGAAAUAGGAGACAAGUAAAAGAGAAUAAGAGGCUGAGGGAAAGAUAGAGACAUGGGCUGCAGCCCCUCUCGAGUUAACCCUCAGGGAAAUGAGGCCACAACACCGCGGCCCAUGCCUACAGACAGGAAGGCUAACGGUCACGUGAAGAAUGGACAAGUGAAAAAGACAGACUCCAAUGCUAACCAAAAAGAUAUCAACACAAAUAAUCCAGUUCCAAAAGCUGUGGCAUUUCAAGUCAAUUUGGAAGGACAGGAGACUGAAAAUCUGAUCUUGAAGCAUCCACCAUUAAAACUCAAGAGAUUAGCCCCACUGAAUGUUCCUACCCUGUCAGCUGAAGAAUUGAUAGAAAAACAGAAAAUAGCUGAUGAAAAACGGGAAAAGGAGUUGCAGAGGAAGAGAAGUGCUUCCAAGAAAUCUUCGCGUAGACGACGAGAGCUAUUACAGGCAAAAGAAUUUGAGGAGAAACAACAAACAGAACAGGAAAAAACUAAAAUCGAUGCCUCUUUGAAAACUGCAGAAAUGUUAAGAGAGGCCAAGUUACAGGAAGUAAGGGAGCGACAGAGGAUACGCGAGGAAAGAGCUCGCAGGGCAAGAGAAAGGCACAAGAAGAUGGCCAAUGCAGAGCAAGAAGAUAUAGGAACUUUAGAAGUAGAAAAAGAUGGCCAUUUUAAUGCAGAUGACACUGAUACCUGGCUAGAUGAUGGUAGAAAUGAUGAUGAAGAAGAGGGAGAUGGCUUUGUGUCUGGUACAGGGGAGAGAAUCUACACUGGGAGCAUCGGAAUGGAGAGAGACGGAGGUUCCGACCAUGAUGCUCACAAACCACUCAGUGCUUCAUCUCGCCCUGCCAACGGCAAUCAAGAUGAUUUCUUUGACUCUUGACAAACAAUUGUUUAUAACUUAGAUCUUUAUUAGUUUUACACUUGAAAAGAAUAUAUAGAAUGGAGGUAUGAUACAAAUAUAUACUUUGGUUUCAUCACUGUCAGUUGAACACCAAUUUUCAUGGAUUUUGUUAAAUUGUUUAGCUGAUUCACAAAAUGUUGAAGGUUCAUCAGACUGAAAUCUACUUGGAAGUCUAUACAAAUUUAUGAGUUUUCAAAAUCCUGAUUUUUUACUAACACCAUGAAAAUUGAUGCCCAAUGAUUUUAAUGAAAUCAUAGUAAAUGUAAUAAGUAGAAAUAAAUCAUAUUUUAAAUAUGAUGUAGAAAAUCCCUUAAAUGGUGUUCUAAAAGAACUACCAUGCAUGUAUUAAAGUUAAAUCAAAUAUAUAUGUUAAUAUUUUCUACUUGAGUUAGUUAAAAAUUUUAGAUACUGUAGUAUGUAUAGUUAACAGUACAUGUAUAUAUGGCGUAAAUAGAUUUUUUUUUUCAUUUUUAAGUUCAGUUAAAACUUACUAGAAAUUCACAUUUUUUAUCUAAAAUUAUACACGUAAUUUUUUUCUGAAAUAUUUUCCAUUCUUGAAGCAUGUUAUUUGCAUCAGUUAGAUGCUACUAAUUGUUCAGGGUUUUUUUUUCAUAUGGAGUUAUAGUUAAUUAAAAAGUACAUUAUUUAUAUAAAGUGUAAUUCUAAUAAGAUUAAGUUAUAAACUGGUGCUGAAAAAAUCCUAUUUAUUUAUUUACAAUAUUUAUGCUCCCAAUUUUUGGGGAGAAGAAUACUGUCUUCACUUUGUUUGUCUGUUGAAUAUUGAAUGAAGUUGUGUUUAAAAGUACAUAUAUUGUUCUUGCUCAGAGAUAGCACUAAUUAAUAGGCAGAAUGCUACAUGAGCCUGAUUCAUGGGAUACACAUGUUAAUGGUUGAUGGGUUUUUGCUGUACAUCUCUGUGUUUAAUCUAAACUUUGUUAUGGAUAAUGUUGUGUAUGUGAGCUAGAUGAUAAGUGGUAUACAUGUAUAUACAUAAAUGAGGUAGAUAGUUGUUUUUCUUAAAAUUUUCAGGGAGGUAUAGGUUACUCAUAAAAAGUCAAUAUUCUACAAUAAACAGGCCCUUUGUUCAUAAUAUUAUUUUUUCUAUUUAAAGAUUACCUCAGUUUUGUCUUCAAACCAUUUUUUAUCAUUUACAAAUUAGGUACUUACUAGUAUAUAUUUGAUCUUAGAUAUUUGAUCUAUCUAUUCUUAUAAAUAUCCAAUCUAUCUAUCAAAUAACUUUGAUGUUUUUAUAUAAAAAAAAAAAACAUAUAAACCCAAAACACUUUCUCAUCACAACUUGAAAAAUUCAUGAAACAUUAACUUUUACAAUUUCAAAAGGUAUUGAAUGAUAAAUACACAUUCUGACAUUUUCUUUUUUAUAUAUGAGUUUUACUACAUUUUCUAUAAAUUUCAUUGUCUGCUGCUUAAGUCAUUCUCAAAGUUUUAUUUUCUGCUGCCAAAGUCAGUUUGUCUUGCCUCAUAAGGUAUCAUGUGCAUGGUGCAUUGGGGACUUAAUGUUCAAUUAAAUUAAUCAAUUGACAGCAGUAUUAAAUACUUAUAGUUAUGUAACAGUGUGUGAUUUCCCCUCAACAUAUUGAUCUAAAUUCAUAUGUAUGUUUGUGCAUGCUUAUUUCCUGUACAAAAUAUUGUUUGUUAGACAUAGUGUUAAAAUUUACUUUUGACGUGUGUCAGAGUUAGGCCAUCUGAAACUCCGGAAGAUACAGCUAGUAUUUGUCUAGCAGAAGCUUAUCAGUUCAGAUUAGUUCUUAAGGAACAAAGAAUCAUUCUUUGAGUUUUAUGAGGUAAUCAAAGGUUGGGUGUGAUCAAAGCCAAUAUUUAAGCCUCAAUGAUAGAUUGGAUCUCACCCAACCAUAUUUGAUUUCACCUCGUAACAUUCAAAGAAUGCUUUCUUAUAUAUUACUUAUAUUUAUUUAGUUUUCAGCCAUUGUAUGAUUAAAUAUUUGUAUUAAAAUAGUCACUGGUGAAAUGUAUUCUAAAUGUACUACGAAAUCAUUUCAUAGUGUCAUCACAGACAAAGACAAUGGAAAUUAAAUGUCAAUAUUACUGUAUUUCAUAAACUACUGUAUACCUAUGCUGGUAAAUACUUACUGUUAUCAUACCUGUAUUUUGAAUGUGAUCGAUGCAGUUAAAGAAUGACAAAUUUGUUAAAAAAAACACAGAACAUAUAUUCUAAUCAUAUUCAUGGAUUAUGAUAUGACUUGCUUCAAUUUUAUGUUGUUGAAUGAAGGAUUUCAAAGUUUAUGAAUUUUAGUUUCCUUGUGUACGUGUACUCUGUUUUGCUUUCAAAUUCCUAUGUGAAGAAUGAAUCAUUUAAAGAAUUAUCUUUUCUAUGGCUUACUAUUGAUGAAUUUUUUCUGCAAGCAAUUCAAUAUAUUUCUCUUGAUUUACACAAUUCAAAGAGGAUGAAAAUGUAUUGGUGGUAUGUUUCUUUUCUGUCAAGUUACAUGUAUAUAUCCUUGUUAAUUGUUAAGUUUUGGCAUCAUCAGUAUUACACUACUAUGUAAAGGUUUUGCAUUGUGAUUCAUCCGUCCAUUUUGAAUUGUAAUUGUUGAUCUCAGUCGUUGAAAUGUUUUUCUUAACCAAUUGAAACAUUAUUAUGAUUAGGCAUGCAGUACAUAUACUGUUAAGUAAGUAUAAAAAAUAAUCCUUCUACAGUACUUAUAUGCAUGUUUGUAAAUAGGUUGUGUUCAAUUUACAAUAUACAUGUACCACUGAAUCUGCAUAAAACCAAAAUAUUUAUAUCAAGAUUAAAUCUUUCUACAAUGUAGUACAUGAUAUUGUCAAAUGAUAUGAAAUACAUGCAAGUGUGUAGAUUAAUCUCUGAGCUAGUGGAUGAUAUUUUGGAUUUUUGAAGUGUAGACAUUUUUUUGGGAUGUUCAAUACAUUUAUUGUUUAAUCCAUACAAGCUGUAAUACUGUUUGCCUUUUUACUGCAAGUUACAGGAAAACCAUGUCUUAGCGCCCUUCAUCCUAGUCACAUUACUUAUUUAACUGUUCAAAUGCUUAUGGAAAUGAAAGUCAUUUUUUAAAACAAUUGUGUCUCAAAUUAGGUUGAAUGUAAGCAUGAAACAAAUGAAACAAACCAAAUCGUGGGCUUUGUUGAUUUUAUAGUAUAAGGAUACAUUUUUAUACACAGGUUCAGAUAGGGAGUGCUUCGUUGUGAUAAGGUGACUUUUUGUUCUUUUGAAAAGGUUUUAAAUUAUUUAUGGUCAGUUUCAUGUCACUAUUGAGUCAAUAAAGAUUACGGAAUCCAA